GCCCGGCGCGCCGCGGGCAGCCCGGGGACCUCGGCGGGGCCUGACGGCGGCAAGAUGGCGCCCAAGAAGAAAGGCGGCGGAAAAGGGGGAAAGAGCGGCGGCGAUGACAGCGGCGGCAGCGAGGGCAAGGCCCAGGGCCCGAAGGGAGGUGGCAACGCUGUAAAGGUGCGGCACAUCUUGUGUGAAAAGCACGGCAAGGCCAUGGAGGCCAUGGAGAAGCUGAAGUCCGGGCAGCGCUUCAGUGAGGUUGCCUCGCAGUACAGCGAGGACAAAGCCAGGCAAGGGGGAGACUUGGGGUGGAUGACCAGAGGCUCCAUGGUUGGACCUUUCCAGGAAGCAGCAUUUGCCUUGCCUGUGAGCAGCAUGGACAAGCCAGUGUACACAGACCCUCCUGUCAAAACAAAGUUUGGGUACCACAUUAUCAUGGUGGAAGGCAGAAAAUAAAGUGUGAGUGACUUGUUGAAUGCUUGAAUCCCAAGAGCUUCCCAGACACCUUGGCCUGGAGAGGUAAAAGGUCCCCUAGAGAGGUAAAGUGUGCCCUGAGGAGGUGAAAUGAGCCUCUCCCUGUUGUUAGCAGGUUUGCCUCCUGCUUUGCCCAGUGGAGGCACUGCUCUGGCCACAUAAAUAAAGCUUUUAUCUGUGGGUGUAAACGGUCUGGUAAGGAUAGGAGGCAUUCACUGGUUUUAAUCUUUAUGCCUCUGUUCAGCAAGAGCAUGCAGACAGCUCCUAGGUGACAGUUUGUGCUCCAGAGCUCAGCCUGGGGCUGGCAGGACAGUCCCUUUGCUGGAAGGUCGGUGACAGUACAACAAAGGGCUUGUCUGUGAGGGACUAAGCUUGUGGGCCUGACUGGGGGUCAGGGUGGUGCUAGGGGGACCAGGCUGGGCAGUGGUGAGGACUGGGGAGCUGGAGAAGGAGCCCUGCAUACAGAAGUACGUGAAACUGCAUCUUACCCAUUUGAAUCUGAGGGAUAAAAUUGUGUGACUUGGGCCUGAAAGAGAGAAAAGACCCCAAACAACUGGGGCUUCCUGUGUGCCCUGCUGCUCAGAGCUCGGUGUGUGGCUGCACCCAGCAGGCUGUGCUGAAGGACAGCAUGAUGGAUGGGAUGAGACAGCAUCUCCCUUCUCCUGCCUCUUGGAGCCUUGGCUCCUGGCAGCUAACUCCCCAGUGCAGCCAGCCCCUUCCUGCUGAAACCAGGCACCUCUCUAGCACAGGCCCUGAGAGCUGCCAGAGGGCUCAGGAAUGAGGAGAAAGCACCAACUAAAGAACAAACAGCCUUUCCCAAGAGAUUCCCAAGGAAGAGGAGAUACCAAAACCAGGGCAGGUGUUUCUCUUCC